CGGGCGGCGCUCUGUUUCGCGACAGCGGGGGUUGGGUGGACGCCGGAUGCCGAUUCAUGGCCGCGGCGGCGACGGUGGUGGUGAUGGCGGCGUCCGGAGGGCCGGUGCUGAACGGGGCGGAGGCGACCGUGGCGGGGCUGAAGGAGGCGGCGGGCAUGUACGAGCAGCUGCGGGCCGAGUGGAACCGCAAGAACCUCAACCUCAACAAGUGCGGGGACCUGCUGGGCCGCCUGAAGCUAGCUCUGCUUGAACUCAACUUCCUCCCGACCACAGGGACAAAGCUGACUAAACAGCAACUUAUUUUGGCAAGAGACAUCCUAGAAAUCGGGGCGCAGUGGAGUAUCCUGAAGAAAGACAUCCCGUCCUUUGAGAGAUACAUGGCCCAGCUCAAGUGCUACUACUUUGAUUACAAAGAUGAGUUACCAGAGUCGGCCUACAAGCACCAGCUGUUGGGCUUGAACCUCCUCUUCCUGCUCUCCCAGAACCGUGUCGCCGAGUUUCACACCGAGCUCGAAAGGCUACCAGCAAAAGAGAUUCAGACCAACGUUUACAUCAAGCACCCUGUGUCUCUGGAACAGUACCUGAUGGAAGGCAGCUACAACAAAGUCUUCCUGGCAAAAGGUAACAUCCCAGCCGAGAGCUACGCUUUCUUCAUAGACAUCUUACUGGACACGGUCAGGGAUGAAAUCGCCAGCUGCAUCGAGAAGGCCUACGAGAAGAUCCUGUUCAGUGAGGCCACCCGCAUGCUCUUCUUUACUCCAAAGAAGAUGACCGACUAUGCCAAGAAACGCGGUUGGGUCCUGGGCCCCAACAACCACUACUGUUUCAUAGGCCAGCAGCAGAAGCCAGAAGACACGACAAUUCCCUCUACAGAGCUAGCUAAACAAGUUAUUGAAUACGCUCGGCAGCUGGAGAUGAUUGUCUAGCAGGCCCUUGCCACCCUGCGCUGGGACUGCAGGCUGCUCAUUUCCUGCAUUUUAGCCUUUAUAUUCCACUUCCCAUCCAGCGGGCAGUCUUUUCUUACAGAGAAAGGGGGUGGGGGUCAAGGGGGGUUGUGUUUUUUUUUUUAAGUCUAUUUCUCCUGGGAUGCCAGAGUAAAUAUAAAGUGGGCCUAUCUGUGUGUCAUUAACAGUUAAGUUGUUUCUUGGUCCCAGGUGGAAAAAAAAUGUUCUGGAUGUGGAAGCAGGGAACGGACUGAUCUUGGGCUGCUCUGACUUUAUGGGAUUUAAAAUUCCCUUUGAGGAGUGCCCCCCCCCAACUUAUCCAUUGCUGAUGUUCAGAAAUACGGCAGGAGCUUCUGGUUGCAAUGGAAACAGACUCUUCCCGCUUCCUGGUCAGCACAGGCUUUAAAGAAAAGGCCUUCAAGAAUUAUGUUCAAACUUCUGAUUUUUGUUUUGUUUUGUUUUUAUUUGGGUACCGUGCGGCUGUUGGUUUUGUGCAAAGUCACUUAAAGGGAUGACUGGUUCAAUAAACAAAAACAUGCUCUUCUAUAAA